CUUCAGUGUAAACGGAAGUAAACAAUGUCAACGACCAAGAAACAUUAAACUUUAGCGUUUUUAAUUUGGUUAUUUAGACGUUUAUCAACACAAUAUAACUCAGAAUAUAGACCAUUUAACAGCAGAGCACCACAUUCUUACCACAUGUAGUCUUUAAUUCGCGUUGUAGACAGGACUUUAUUGAUAGAUGUUAUCUAGGUAACGCUAGCUGCUAACAAUGGCUAACUGUAUGGUUUUUCACACUCAAAUAGCCUCCAUCAUGGAGGUGCUUGCGAAUGCAGCCGUUGCAGAUAUUUGUAAACUCGUAGACGACGACUAUGCAGUGUUUCGUUUGGAAAUGUCUCAAAGCCAGAAUGAUAACAGGGCAUUGCGGAGGAAACUACAGCUACUGGAACUGAAGGUGUCACGGGAGCGCGCAGAGAGGACAAUGCGAGAUCGCGUCCUCGCCAGUCGUCCCAGUAGUGUCAAGAUCCUCGACCGAUACAGAGGAAUGGCAAGAGGUGAAGGAAAUCCCAAUGGGGGCCACAAGAGCUUUGUGAAACCAGUGGGACAUAAUACAUGGAGUGAUGACCAACCAAUCACUGUUGAUGAGGGGAGUGGAACCUCAACCCAGCAUGUUAUCGUGAUAGAGGAUGCAGAGGCUGCAGGUCCUGGGGUCAAACUGGAGAGGUCUGAAGGAGAGGAGGACACACGGCACAGCAGUGACAUCCAGACUGGACAGGCUGGAGUGCCCCCUGAAGCCACGGAGGACCAUACCGCCGCCUCAGCGCAGCCCAGGACCCGAAGCAGCAUCACGGAGGUCAGUGGAACGGCAAACGCCGUUCUCAAGUCAGAGACAGACACCAAGACUUUAACUGUAACACACAGGCUCUUACACACAGGAUCUGACCACAGAUCAGACCCAGAGAAACUGGGGUUGGGGACACUGGGCUGUCCUCCUGCUCCUGGUUCAGAGUAUUUACCGGUAUUUCAACAGAGCCAGAGGACAGUUUAUUCCCUUGGAGAUGGUGAUGCAUUAGACACUGGUGGUGAUGGCCUGUCUUGUUCUUACACUACAGAGAUGGACCCUAGCAACAUGUCCUUGGGUUUAGAUACACAGACUGAUCUGUCUAGAGGGGACUGGAACCAGUACAGUAGUAGUCUAUACUCUGAUGGGUGCCUAGAUAAGAAAGGGGAGGUUAUGGUUGUAAAUGAAUUGACUGUGAAAUUGGAGGGCAACACUCCUCCCACAUGGAAUGCAGAUAGUCACCUAGGAGACGGACACUCACAGGGCAGAGAUUUUUUAGAUUAUAGGGAAAUCAUAGAGACAAAUCCAAAUGUUGCGACCCACUCCCCUUUACAUGUGUUCAGGGAUCGUGACCCAGUGUCCAUGUCGAUGGGGCCUUCCGAUUCACAAGGCCGCGUCCUUUUCGAUCAGGUAUUGAACUCAAACGACAGUGCUAGACCCCAGGCUCAGGGAGGGGGAUCAGAAUCUGUCAAUGGUAAAGAGAAGCGGUUCCUCUGCGUGUUCUGUAACAAAGGCUUCAGCUGCCCCCAGAAGGUAGAGAUCCACCAGAGGGUCCACACAGGGGUGAAACCCUUCAGCUGUGCCCAGUGUCACAUGUGCUUCGCUGAGGCUGGCACCCUGAAGAGGCAUCAAAGAGUCCACACAGGGGAGAAACCCUUCAGCUGUACCCAGUGUGAGAAGAGGUUCUCCCGUCAGCACCAGCUGAAGAUGCACCUGAAGGUCCACACCGGAGAGAGGCCAUUUGCCUGUAUGCACUGCGGGAAGAGGUUCUCAGAGAGGAGAUACCUCAGGAUACACCAGCAGAAAAACCAUUCCACUCUAUAACAUCUGAUGUUAACCUCAAACCCUGCAUUGAAGGUAGACUCAGUGAAAUGACAUAGAUGCACAAAGUAAACAGCAGUAGUUGGUCAAUUUCCGCAACAACAAAGAGCAUUGAAGUGCAAAGCCCAGACAUUGUGGGAUAUUUAAGGCAUAUAUAUAAGCCUGACAUUCAGAGGUUUAGCUACAACCUUUUAAAGUCGAGGAGUCAAAGAAAUUUGACUUUGCUUGGGAAGUAAUCUUAUACCAUAUGUGACUCUCGCUAUCAAUUCACUUUCUGUAAAAUAUAAUAUGUAUAAUAAAAUGGAAUGUUCAUAUAAAUUAUUAUUAUAAUUAUAUUUGGUAGCAGAAUAACUUUUGGGGAAAUCUGGUCUAUCAUUUAUUUUCCUUAUCCAUUAUUUUUUAUUAUUAUUAUUAUCAUUAAAUAGCCUACCUAAAAGAUGUAACGAGUCUUUGUUAAACUAUGUAGAACUGCAGGAAAUUAGCUUCAAAACAAAAUUCCUAGGUCCCUCAAAUUUAACAAAAUCAAGCUGGGAGGGGCUAUAGAAUGAUCACAAAUACCUGUUUCAUCACUUAUAUUUAACUACUUAUUUUUUUCCAAAUACACUUUUAAUGAGAAAAUGAAUGCAGUUUAUCAAGUUCAUUCAGAUUAGUUUGUGUGUAUAUGUGGUUUUUAUAUGGUCUAGUUAAAACUUGUUUGUUUAAUAAACAAAACAUUUGACUUUUCA